AACAAAUGCCACAACCCUAUAAAUCGCCUUAAUCCACCCCAACGUAUGCAGCCUACCCCAAAGCAUGCAGUCAGCCAGCCACCUAUUCCCCCAGGAUUCUUACCAAUCACAGCCAUGGAUCCCAUUACGAUAGAUCUGGCCGACGAAGAUGCGCCGUUGGAUGCCACCGCUGUUGACGAAGUGACCGUUAUACCUCUCGAUGACGAAGACGCCGCCACGCCUGGCGAUGAAGAUGACCUCGAAGAUGGCUCCGUUGCGCCGCUCUCGAACCCCCCCACAAGGCCACAAGCUACUCACGCGGAAGUACGACUUUUACGAUGAUAUCAUGCACGACCUCCACAAGUUCUACGCCUAUGCUGGCUUCUCUGUAUCUAUUAAGCGCUCCCUCAACCCAGUCAAAGGCUGUAGGAAGGCCAGAUUCGACUUGGUAUGCCACAAGGGCAAGAUGUGGCAGUCUCGCAACACAUCUACCAUGAAGAGAGGUUGUAAUUGGAAGGGUCAGGUCACGGCGGUCCUGGCCGAUAAUACGAAGGCUCGGAAAUGGAUCUUUGAGGUUCGCCACGGCUGUACGGCCCAUAACGAUCACGAAGCGGAGGACCGUAUCGCACAGAGGUUUGGCCCUGAGCAUGUCGCCUUCGUGGCGCAGUAUCUUGACCGACCUACUAUUGCGAACAGAGAAGUGGCUAGAGAUCUACGGCUUUGCUUCCCUAGUAUCGUCUUUAAUUAACGCUAGGUCUAGAACACGCGCUACAGGCUCAAACAGAAAGCCUUGGCUGGAUACAGCCCUUUCUAAGCUACUAAGAAAAUGCUGGAUGACUAAGGCAUCCGCCAUACAGUUAAAUGGGCCGAAGACAAUGGUUCUGGUGAACUGAAACCAGAGGGUCUCUUCUGGACCUUCGAUUAGAUUAAAAAAAACCUGGGGUCAGAACGAUUGGAUCCAGAUGUAUGAUAGCACAUACAAGACUAAUAACAAGGGCCUUGCGCUCUUCCAGAUCGUCGGCCUAACUAAUGCGAAUAUGGCCUUCUCGUGUGCAUUCGGCUUCAUCAACAAUGAGCGCUAGGAAGGCUUCGAUUGGUUGAUGGAACAAGUUAACCAGACCCGCGAUAGGAUUAAUGCGAG